CUCUCUCUCUCUCUCUCUCUCUCCCUUUCUACCAAAAUGGCUUCUCCAAAAUCUUCUGGCUACAUGAUAUUUCACCCUGAGAAAGCAGGAUUGCUUGAAAUAUUUAGCCUGUGUCUCUUCAAGAGAAAGCUAUCAGAUUGCAAUUUCAUAGAAACAACUCAUGAAACCAAGCUCAAGCUUGAGAAUGUUAGAGUUAAUUGGUUGCUUGUUGGACUAACCUUUCUCUUACAAAAGAUAUUGUCUUUGAUUGAGAAGCCCUUAGCUUUGUUCGGUGAAGUCCUCGAGUUCAUUUUGAACUUGUUCUCUCUUAAUGGCGGCUUCUUUGCCCUCAUUUUCCGUGUUUUUACAGGGUCAGUCGUAACUCCCAAAAAGGACUCAGCAGAUUACAGAUCAGCACUCGGCUUCAUUGAUGGACGGUUGGAUCUGUAUAAAACCUCGUCCUUACUGAGUUAUCUACCCCAGAUGGGUCCCGUGGACAGUGCCAACAAUAUCAAGCUCUUGGAUCUUUGCAUGAUGGCUUCUAAGGUAGUCUACGAGAAUGAAGCCUACGUGAAGAAUGCCGUCACCAAACACUGGCAGAUGCAAUUCGUGGGAUUCUAUGACUGCUGGAAUGUGUUCGACGAGGUCAAAGGCACCCAAGCCUUCAUAUUCUGCGACCAGCCAGAGGACGCGAAGAUGAUUGUCGUAGCCUUCCGUGGCACCGAGCCAUUCAAUGCCAAAGACUGGUCGACCGACGUCGACCUUUCCUUUAUCAGCAUGGGCGAUAUGGGACAAGCCCAUCUCGGCUUCAUGAAAGGUCUAGGCCUCCAAGAUGAGAAGGACUACCUAAAGGGAUGGCCCAAGGACUACCAAGGGGAGAAAGACAAGCCCUUAGCCUACUACAUCAUAAGGGACACUCUCAAGUCAUUGCUCCUAAAGCACAAGAAUGCUAAGAUACUGGUCACAGGGCAUAGCUUAGGUGGCGCACUCGCGGCUAUCUUUCCUUCUAUACUCAUUUUACAUGAGGAGACUACCAUUUUGAAUAGCCUGUGGGGCAUCGUGACCUAUGGGCAGCCUAGGGUUGGAGAUGAGACCUUUGCUUCCUAUGUGGAAACACAUCUGAAUUCAAAGUUGUGUUAUAGGGUGGUGUACAGUUAUGAUGUGGUCCCUCGGGUGCCCUUUGAUGGUCCAUUCUUUGAAUACAAGCACUAUGGAUGGUGCAUCUACUUCAACAGCUGGUAUGAUGGAAAGGUGAUGAGGGAGGCGCCCAACAAGAACUACUUCAAUCCCAUAUACCUUCUGUCAAAGUACUACCAUGCAUGGUCAGAUCUGAUCAAGUCCCUCUUUUUGGGCAAAACAAGGGGUCCAGAUUUCAAGGAAAGUGGGACUUCCACUGCUUUCAGGUUGGUGGGCCUGAUCAUUCCUGGUCUUGCCUCCCACAGCCCAAGGGACUAUGUGAAUGCUGCAAGGCUUGGGAAAAUAUCCAAGUCUGUGAAAGAAAUGGUGUGAGGCGUGAGGGGUGUUUCUGUCUUUUCAUUAAGAAGCCCGGUAGCUUUUGCAUGGUUACUUUUCCUGUAAAAUAAAAUAUGCCACUGUGCAUCUCUAUCUAAUUUAUGAAAUUCCAAAGCUGCCCUUCUUUAAAGGUACCA